AUGACUAAUACAAGACGUGAAUGUGCAAUUGCCCUUUGUCCUGUUGAGAUUACCAAUCAGCAGCUUAUGGAAAUACUUUCUACUGUGAGAGCUGAUAUGUCUACCAUAAAAGGACAGAUUGGCAAUGUUGAGCAAACUCUGACCAACAUGAAUGGUAGAAUUGGCGUUCUUGCUACCAUCAGCACCAACACCAUCAGUGUCAUAGAUAGUUUGGCCAGAGCUCCCCUUGCUGCUUCUGUGAGAGCCGAAUCCACUGUUGCUGCUCCUGUUGUCAUCUCCAACCAUGAGCCUACCCUUGAAGAAUCUAAUGCAGUUUAUGCACAUAUUUACAACCUUAUGUGGAAAUCCAAGCUUAGCUUGAGAACGCCAGAAAAUAUCCUGGCCAACAACCUCAAGCCCAGAUGGGAUACAAAUAUUGCUUUCAACAAAUCUCUCAACAGGGAGAUAGCCAAGACACUUCUUUUUAACCUUGAGCGCAGGUUUAGUUCCUCUAGUAUGAGACAGAGUGACCUCCGAAAGAGAGUAGCCCGUGCAGAUGAUAAUGAGUGUCGCCGUGUACUGGCAUACAAAAACAAUAAGGAGGGCAUUGAUCUUGUAAUGCUCAGAGACUGUGCCAACACUCUCCAAAAAGCAGUAUUGUCAGAUGGAGAGUCUGCCAAUGAAAUGGACAAGGAUGGCAUAAAACAUGUCAUUCAUAUUGCCAUGGAGUCAAGUGCUAAUCAAAGGAUCUGUAGGAUCACUACUAGUGUGUCCAACUCAGCAGUCCAGAAUAACAUUAGCUCCAAUUUUACUCAGUGGGCUCUUAGAGACAGGCUCUAA